AUGCGAUGCUCACAGAGUACUAUGGUCAACCCUUUAAGCAGGCCAUUUGAUAUAUUGAACGAUACGGUCCAGGGGGCUGAAUUGAUGCCUCUGCCUUGGAUGCCAUGCACCACAGCCCAUUUCCAACCAUCCCGCUGUCUGCCACAUCUUGAGCUCUCCCUGUUAGUUAGAAAUGUUUUGCGUAACGAUUCUGUUUAUCUACUUCGUCUCUACUGUUCUCCAGUCCCCCGAUCCGCCGGUCAAAUAAGUCGUGGUAGUCAUUAUCAUUGGUAUUGUAGCAAGCAAGUAAAGGCCCGCCUUCUGGCCUAUGUACUCCUGAUAUAUUCUACUCAUCUCGUGCUGGACUGUCAGGGGGGUUAA